AUGAAAUUGAAGGUAUUUUUUAUUUUGGCGGUAGUUUUAUGCGCAUCUACAUGCUAUGGCUCCGAUUUAAUAGUCGGUACCAGCUUCAAUGCUAGGUUGGCAUGGACACACAAGGCUAAUUUUAACGCUGUGCCCUUUAUUAAACGGGUAAAAGAGGUUUUCUACUCUGAUCCAGGACAGCAAACGAUCAAGGGUAUAAUAGCCAGAGACCUGGAUCAUACGAAGGCAUCAGCUACUAUAACUGCUGGCGGAGUGGGCUCCACCUUCGCCAAUAUCAGGCUAAAGAGCGAACGCGGCAGCGGACUUAAUUACCAAAUAGAAAUUUAUGUUUGA